GUGAAAAAAACAUCAAAAAUAAAAAAUAACCUCCUUGUUUUACUUUAAAAAGUAUAGAAUAAGUUUCUUUUAUAAUAAAAAAAAAUAUUUCCAAAUUGCUGUGUUUAUAUUUUCUUUGUAAAUUAUGUUAAGAAUAUUUCCGAACAAUACAUCAAAAUUAAAUGGGUGCAGAUAUCAGAUGAAAUAUUUUCUUGAAACAAUUACAGGACGGGUUCAACAUAGCAACAUUCACCCAGCUUCAUUUAGAUUAUUGAGUGAUUCGAAAGAAUUUUCUGGGAAAAAUGCACAAACUCUUCAGUCAAAAGAUAAUUAUGUAAAGGCUAAUAUGAAUCCACCUCCAUCUAGCUGUCCUCCAGAUGAUUCAAAACCUGAUUCAUCAAAUAAAUUGUUAAUUGCACUUGUGUUAGCUGGUGUUGGGGGAGGUUUGCUAUAUUUGCUGACUAACAACAAAAAAGUUCCUCCUGAGCAAUCCUCUGCAUCUUCAAUUGUUCCAGUUGGUGUUAAAAUACCUGCUUCAAGCGCGGAUAUACCGAAACAUAUUCCAUAUUUAUUAAUAGGGGGUGGAACUGCUAGUUUUUCAGCAUUUAGGGCAAUAAAGUCUCAUGAUCCCAAAGCGAAGGUUAUGGUAAUUUCAAAUGAAUUUCGUAAACCGUAUAUGCGUCCACCACUUUCUAAAGAAUUGUGGUAUAAUGCUGAGAUAAAAAAAAAUCCUGAUGAAGAUUUUCACUUUAAACAAUGGAAUGGCGCUACAAGAAGUAUCUAUUAUGAGCCUGAAGAAUUUUAUGUGGAUCCAACAAAACUUAUGCAAUCCCCUAACGGAGGUGUAGCAGUUUGCCAUGGUUAUUCAGUUAAAAAAGUUUUACCUUAUGAACAGAAAGUUAUACUAUCUGAUGGUACCGAAAUUAAGUAUGAUAAAUGCUUAAUAGCCACAGGUUGUACUCCGAAAAAUUUGGACAUUAUUUCAACUGCCUCGCAAAAAGUUAAAGAAAAAGUAUCCGUUUUUAGGAAUCCUGAAGAUUUUAUGUGUCUUAAAAACAUUGUUGACAAUUCUCAGUCAAUUGUAAUUAUUGGAAGCGGAUUUUUAGGAAGUGAAUUAGCUUGUGCCUUGAGUAAAUACGGAUCGAGCAAUAAUUUAACGGUGUAUCAAAUAUUCAACGAAAAUGGUAACAUGGCUAAAAUCUUGCCCGAAUACUUAAGUGAUUGGACAACAGAAAAUGUUAUUAAACAAGGCGUAAAUGUAAUUCAAUCGGUUCAAGUAACAUCUAUAGAUAGAGCUAACGAUAAACUAAAGUUGCAUUUGAGUAAUGGAAAGACAGUUGUGACUGAUCAUGUCGUUGUAUGUGCUGGUUGUGAAGCAAAUACAGAUAUCGCAAAAUCGUCUGGCUUAGAAGUGGACAAUACAUACGGUGGCUUUUUGGUUAAUGCCGAAUUAGAAGCAAGGAAAAACUUAUUUGUUGCAGGCGACGCAGCAUGCUUCUAUGAUCCAUUACUAGGUAGGAGGCGCGUCGAGCAUCAUGAUCAUUCUGUGGUAUCAGGUCGUUUAGCUGGUGAAAAUAUGACUGGAUUAAAAAAUCCGUAUAAACAUCAAAGUAUGUUUUGGUCUGAUUUAGGACCAGAAUUAGGAUAUGAAGGUAUAGGAUUAAUUGAUUCAUCACUGCCAACAGUAGGAGUUUUCGCAAAAAUGCCUGCAAAUAAGCUAGAAGAAAAAAAUGCGUUAGAAAAUUCUUCAAUUCAAACAAGCACCUCAACCACUGUUACUGAAGAACCUAGCAAAAGCACUAAUAGUGAUAGUACAAAGAAUCCAGAAAAUAAAGUUGAAAAACCAGAAUCGCAUUUAACACCUAAGGAUGAUUAUGGUCGUGGCGUAAUAUUUUACUUAAAGGACAACAAAAUUGUAGGAAUUUUGCUUUGGAAUAUUUUUAAUAGAAUAGGUUUAGCCAGACAAAUUAUAAAUGAAAAUAAAACAUAUGACGAUUUGAAUGAAGUUGCUAAAUUAUUCGAAAUACAUUCGUGAAGAUAAAAAUAAUAAAAAAAAUCAUCAAUCAAAAAAAA